AGGCGAGAGCUGCGGGCGGGAGGCGCCACGGCCUCGCAGACGCAGGCGCUGGCAGCCGGAGAGAAAGUUCCCGGGGAGAGCUCGCCCCCGGGAGGGCUAGCGUGGACGCCACUCGCGGCGAGGGUCGCGGGUCCCGCGGAAGCAGUCUGCCUUCUCCCUGCGCGCGCUGGGCCGCCGGGCUUGGCUCGCCGGGAAGCAGGGGGGCACUGCUGUUGGGCGGCCGCCGACAAACUUGGAGGGGGAGAAUGCUGCGAGUGGGAACGGCGGAGCGGGGCGCGGGGGCGCACUGAGUGCUCCCCGCGGGAGCCCCCGGACGCUGCUGCCGGGGCCGCGGCCGGGCGAGCGCGCCGAGGCUGAGCGGGCAGGUAGAGGCUCCAGCGCCGCGACUGCGCCAGCCCUACGGACUAGGGCCGCCAGCGCCACCGUGCCGGCAUCGCCUCCUCGCCCCGGAGCCAUGGUGCGCGGAGCGCGCACGCCGCGCGCGGGACUCUGAGCUCCGGCUGCGCCGCGCGCCCCCACCUCCCUUCUCCCAGCCGCCCCGCCGACCUCGCCCGCGGGUCAUGAAGCUUUGGCCCGGAGCCUCUGGCCUCUGAGCUUCGCCCGCUCCAGCCCUAGCGCCGCUCGGCCACAGCUAGCACUCCGGCCGCCGAAGCUCCCCAUCCUCUCCCGGGGACGGCACCCAGGCGCUCCAGGAUGGCCCUCCGCGGGCCCCUCCGGCCGCGCAAAGUUCGCAGGAGGCGAGAGAUGCUGCCGCGGCAAGUUGGCUUCGUGUGCGCGGUGCUGGCCCUGGUGUGCUGUGCGUCCGGCCUCUUUGGCAGCUUGGGGCAUAAAACGGCUUCUGCUAGCAAACAUGUUCUACCAGAUACAUGGAGGAAUAGAAAACUGAUGGCACCAAUGAACGGGACUCAGACAGCUAAGAAUUGCACGGAUCCUGCGAUUCAUGAGUUCCCCACAGACCUGUUCUCCAAUAAGGAGCGACAGCACGGAGCCGUCCUGCUGCACAUCCUCGGAGCUCUGUACAUGUUCUACGCCUUGGCCAUAGUGUGUGACGACUUCUUCGUUCCGUCUCUAGAGAAGAUCUGCGAGAAACUCCAUCUGAGUGAAGAUGUGGCCGGAGCCACCUUCAUGGCCGCGGGAAGCUCGACGCCCGAGCUGUUUGCCUCUGUUAUUGGCGUGUUCAUCACCCACGGAGACGUUGGGGUUGGGACCAUUGUGGGCUCUGCGGUGUUUAACAUCCUGUGUAUCAUUGGAGUCUGUGGAUUAUUUGCAGGGCAGGUGGUCCGUCUGACAUGGUGGGCCGUGUGCCGAGACUCCGUGUACUACACCCUCUCUGUCAUCGUGCUCAUUGCCUUCAUAUAUGAUGAAGAAAUCGUGUGGUGGGAAGGCCUGGUGCUCAUCAUCUUGUACGUGUUUUACAUUCUGAUCAUGAAGUACAAUGUGAAAAUGCAGGCCUUUUUCACCAUCAAACAAAAGACCAUUGCAAAUGGCAAUACUGUCAGCAGUGAGCUGGAGGAUGGUAAUGAUUACUGUGAUACUAGCUCUGAUGACCCCUCCCUGCCAUUGCUGGGGCAAGUGAAGGAGGAGCCACAGUACAGCAAAAACGCGGUGGUGAUGGUGGAUGAGGUCAUGAGUUCCAGCCCUCCCAAGUUCAGCUUCCCGGAGGCGGGCUUACGCAUCAUGAUCACCAAUAAGUUUGGGCCCAGGACGCGACUACGGAUGGCCAGUAGGAUCAUAAUUAAUGAGCGGCAGAGACUGAUCAACUCGGCAAACGGUGUGAGCAGCAAGCCGCUUCAGAACGGGAGACACGAAAAUAUCGAGAAUGGGAAUGUUCCCGUGGAAAACCCUGAGGACCCUCAGCGGCAACAGGAGCAGCAACCCCCACCCCCACCGCCACCCCCAGAGCCCGAGCCCGUUGAGGCUGCCUUCCUGUCCCCCUUCUCCGUGCCCGAUAUGGGGCCUGAUGGGCCACAGCCACCACCCUUCAUGGGCCACUUCAUGGGGAUCCUUGUCUGGACGUUGCCCACCGUCCAGGACUCUGCAGGAAACCAAAGAAGGGAUAUGUCCUUCUUGACAGCUGCUGUUGAGGCAGCCACACGAAUGGAUGUGUUUCCGUGUGUCGCCUUGGAAACCACAAGGUACUUCCUGCUCCUCCUCUUGCCCUCACCUCUGCCUCCUCUGAGGAGUGGGGGGUGGAAAGGGAGCUGUGUGGCUUUUGCCCAUCCAGGUGUGUACAGCAGGCAAGGAGAAACGAGGCUCGUGUGGGGCAGAGGUUUGUAGGAACUUGGUGGGGCCCAGAGCCUCUGGGAAAGCCCACGUCUGGCUCCAGGCCCUUCAUCCACCCACUCUCACUCACCUUGUUUUCAGUUCAUCUCUGAUGGUAGCUUCACAAUGAUCUGGGGCUGGGGGCCGGCCCCAAGGGCACUUUAGGGGCAGAGGGAGCUAGUGGGCUCCUAAACUGGGCCCAGGAAGGGGUCAUGGGUGAGCAGGGGUGUGGAUGGGAGGAAGGGAGAAGCCAUUCCUCUGGUCAGCUUGAAACCAGCCUAGCUGCGGUGUCAGGAAUAAAUCAAGGCCCACUGGUUCUGUUCACAGCUCUUCUGUGUCGUCAGGGGCAGCCUGGGAGGCAGGCUCUGGAAUCCAGGUAUCCUGGGUUCAAGUUCUGGUUCUACCACUCACCAGCAGGUAGCCCUGGGGAAGCUGUUUCUCCUCCCUAAACCUCUGUCCCUCAGUUACAUUAACUGAGUUAUAACUGAGUUAUAUCCAGCUUUUCACAUCUUUCCCUGUUUGGACUACAAGCCAUGUUCUGGAAAGGUCACAGGUGCCAGGAUCCCUGGAGGCCGGGAGCUGCAGUCAUCCUGAGCGUCAGGGGGCACCUGCUGUGUGCCAGGAACCCAGCUCUGGGCACUUUGCAGAUAAGACAGUGUUUCUUUUCAGUAGAUAUUUGCGUACAAGACGGUUGUGGGCUUUGGGGAUGCAGGUGGGAACAGGACAGCCACGGUCUCUGUUCUUUAGGAGCUUAUAGCUGUGUGGGGUAAGUCCAAGCAAUUAACUACGGGAAGCAUUCCUUAACGCACCGCUGACAGGUGGAGGAGGGGCCCCAGCCUGUGGCCCCCAGGCUCUGCCGCCCGCAUGAGGGAUCACUGGGCUUGUGGGUUGGGGCCGGGGACAGGCAGCAGCCGCCUGGCCCUGGUGCCCACCUGGCGGCCUUCGUGCCCACCUGAGCUGCUGCUAGUAUUAUAUUGACAUCAAAUGUAGCCUUGUUCUUCCUACUCCGGGCUGCGGAGGCUGGUUAACAAGCUUCCCAGGCCAGCUGUUGGCUGGGGGAAGAGGAAGGGGAGAGAAGCUUUUUCUCCCAUGGAAACUGGCCUGCAGCCUGGGAACUGCUCUGAAAUUGCCAGCUGGUGACCGUGAGUCCCAGCCUGGCCGGGGACAGCCCAUCGUGCAGGCCGUUUGUGGUUGACUUGUGGUCUGUGAGGCCCCCGCUCUGUGGACCAACGAGACGUCUUUCUUCUGCCCCCGAAAGGGGAAGGGAGUCCCAUCGUGUAUACCGGGACGCUGGCCACUGUUCUCACAGCGCUGAGGACUUGCUGGAUGUCAGGCAUGGAGUGAAAAGUCAGGGAACCAGGCUCUUAAGGGGCUUCUGUGUCCCCUGCCCUGUUCUAAGAACUUUCUGUGUGUUUUCUUUGAUUUAAUCUUCACAACGCAUGAGAUGGGGACAGUUCUCUCCAUUUUGCAAAGCGACGAGAGGCACAGAGAAGUGAAGCGACUGGCCCCGAGAGGCUGUGCGACUUCCCAAGCCACACAGCCAUUAAGUGGGGAGCCCUCUCCCAGCCUCUGCCUCCCGAGCUGUGGACGCCAUCACAGGCUGGUCCCCUGGGCAGCAGAGUCCCAGACCAUGAGCCCCAGAGCUGUCAUAGAGCAAGCAAAUGGCCUCGGGUGCGUAUGUAUCCUGGACCUACGAGGCAGUUGAGCGCCUGUCAGUGGAGAGACUAGGACGCAGGUGUGCCUUUCUGAAGUCCAGGGCCUUGACUGGUGCUGGAACAGUAACAGGAGGUAAAACUCACCGAGCGCUACAGUGGGCCAGGCAGGGCAUUUGACGUAUUAGCCCAUCGAGUCCACACGACAACCGGGAAGGUACAUGCUAUCAUCCCCAUUUCCCAUGUGAAGACACUGAGGCGCAGAGAGGCUGUGUUGCUCAAGGUCUUCAGGAGGAGGGGGCAGAGCCAGGAUUUGCACACUGGCAUUCGGACCC